AUGAGAGAGGAUAAGAGAGCAGGAGAGAGGAAAAGAGGGGAGAGAGAGGAGGGGAAAGUGGACAGAGAGGCAGAGAGAGAGGAGGAGGAGGAGAGAGGGAAGAGAGAGGAGGAGAAAGUGGACAGAGAGGCAGAGAGAGAGGAGGAGGAGGAGAGAGGGAAGAGAGAGGAGGAGAAAGUGGACAGAGAGGCAGAGAGAGGAGGAGAAAGUGGACAGAGAGGCAGAGAGAGAGGAGGAGAGAGGGAAGAGAGAGGAGGAGAAAGUGGACAGAGAGGCAGAGAGAGAGGAGGAGGAGGAGAAAGGGAAGAGAGAGGAGGAGAAAGUGGACAGAGAGGCAGAGAGAGAGCAGGAGAGAGGAAAAGAGAGGGGAGAGAGAGGAGGAGAAAGUGGACAGAGAGGCAGAGAGAGAGGAGGAGGAGGAGAGAGGGAAGAGAGAGGAGGAGAAAGUGGACAGAGAGGCAGAGAGAGAGGAGGAGGAGGAGAAAGGGAAGAGAGAGGAGGAGAAAGUGGACAGAGAGGCAGAGAGAGAGCAGGAGAGAGGAAAAGAGAGGGGAGAGAGAGGAGGAGAAAGUGGACAGAGAGGCAGAGAGAGAGGAGGAGGAGGAGAGAGGGAAGAGAGAGGAGGAGAAAGUGGACAGAGAGGCAGAGAGAGAGGAGGAGGAGGAGGAGAGAGGGAAGAGAGAGGAGGAGAGCUGA